GCCAGUUCUGCACUCAGGCAAUAGCUUUUUCUGUUCCCUUGGACAGAUCUCCCAGUCUCCCUGUGCUUCUUUUCACCAUUUCUAACAGAAGUGGCUUAAUAAUUCUCCUUUUUGUCUGUCCUGUCUCUAAGACGUGGAGCCCAAAAUGGUCCCCCACCAAGUGUCUGUACAGUGCCCAGAGCAAUAGUGCCCCAGUUGCAGCUGGCCCUCCUGUAACAAAGGCAAACAAUAUUGUGAAGAAGACUGAGUGUUUCAAGAAUCUGAGGGCUGAGUGUUUGAAAAGGCUUAAUGGCUAGAACAAAUAACCCAGUGGGUUCAGAAGGAGCUGUGGCAAAAGCAAAUCAACCAUUUCUCAUUUCCUCCGUCAUCUGAUUUGCUACCGGGAGGAGGUUGGCGGAGAAUGAUAGCCUCAGAGCUCACCCAACAGGGUCAGUGAUCUACACGCAUCGUCUGGAGAGCGACGGGAGAGCCAAGGUCGGGGAGGAUCUCGCUCUUGGAUCUCUCACCCAGGAGUGAGCGGGUAAGGACGAGGUCCUCAGGCAGUGCUGCUGGAGGCUGCGGCAGCGGGAGAUCUGGGAGGGGAGUGAGGGUCUCUUCUGCUUCCAGGCUUGUGCCUGGGUUCGGAAAAAAGUGCAGAAGGAGACGGAGCCGACAAGACCCUGCCUUUGGAGCGAGGGGCUGAGUAAUGCUCCCUGCCAGCUCGGUGUGCAGGAGGCAGGAGCCGGGCAGGACUCUGCAGGACACCCCCUGCCGAGGCCGAGAUAAGAAAUGUUUGCGCUCUAACCUUGUGUGUCUUUUAUCGCCUCCUUAGACCAUCUUCUCCUGCACGGGUGUCAGAAGGCUUCAAAACCAGUCCCGGGCCCGGGUUGCUGUCCCUGCCAGGAUGGCUGGAGUGCAGUGCACAGCCAGUGUAGAUUAAAACACUGGUUCCUCUUCCAUUAUAUUGAGGGCCAUGGUUUUUGUUUCUGCAGAGCAGGGGAGUCGGGCUCUCCUGCAUCGUGAAAGACAUGAAGACAAGGUCCAGGGAGAAGGCAAUAGCAGUCCUGGUGUGGAAAAGAAGUGCCAGACGGCAGCCAGAGUUUCCUUUAAUGGCCGACAAGGGCCUGAAAGGGAAGGUCUGGGGGGACAGGACUCCUGGAGGGGACAGAACAAGAGAGGGAAAGGGGUGGGAGGUAGGAGAGGUGCAGAUCUGUUAUAGGGGAAGAGAUUAUACAAGAAGAUAGCUUCAGAGUGGAUGCUAUAGUCCCUUUCAGGGGCAGGCGUUAUCGCCUUGGGAAGGCAGUGACUGCGGAUCCAGGCGGCGAGGGACAUUCCCCAGAGGCGAGGCAGGAGGCCUCGGUACCGGACCAGAGGGAGGAGUGCGCGGCGUCCCGAGGGCCUUUGAGCACCUGCCCAGCAGCGCACCAUCCCCCCGGGCAGGAUGGACAGGCUGAGGCGGGUGCUGAGAAGGAGGACCGCCAAGGUGGGCUUUGUGCCAGAAGAUCACAGCAGGGGGCCUGGGCAGGAACAUCUGGGCCCCCCCAGGCGUGAAGAGGAGGGGCCCAUCCAGGCGAGGACGUGGCUGUGCUCCAUGUGCUGGCAUAAAAAACCAGUACUUCCCAGCGCCAGAGAUCCUUUGAAGCAGCCCACCACCUCCAGGUGCAAGUGGAGGUGGCCCUGGGUGCGCCCGGGCAGGCAGGAGCCCGGAGGAGAGGAGCGCCGGGCAGAAGAGCCGUGCAGCCUCCCGCCCAGGGCACCGAGCAGCCUGGAGCCCGGCCCUGCAGCCCCGCAUGCGCAGGCAGCCCAGUGCAGAGGCGCGGAGGAGGGCCCAGCCUCCCUGGGGCAGGAGCUGAGCCCGUCCUGCACCAGCCCCAGCCCGAGCUGCAGCUCCUCCUCGGCGGACUUGCAGAGCUCCCUGGGGUCCGCGAGACCCCCGGCCCCUGGCGCCAGCCACACCGUGAUUGCCAGUCCGGCCAUAGAGAAGGUGCAGGACGAGGAAGAGCAGGAGAAGGAAGAUCAGGGGACGCAGGAGGGAGCUGUGCUAAGUGUCACCCAGCGCCUCCAGGAACGCAGGAAGAUGCAGCACAGGAAGGAUGGGCAGUGCCUGCUGCAGGAGCUCCUCACCCUGCAGGCAGCCGUGCAGCAGAGGGGACACGAGGCAGUGGAGCUGCAGGGGUGGAAAGCGUCCAUGCCACACAAGAUCGUGGAGCUGAUGGAGGAUGUCCCCAGGGAAGACUAUCUAGGAAACACCAUCCCAGACAUCAUAGCUGCCAUCUGGUGCCUCAGUGACCUGGAGAUGUGCCUGGACCCCUUCCUGCAGUCGCGCCUCCUGCGAGCUGCAGCAUCCAAGACUUUUGGGGCCAUAGGGCGCAACAACAUCAGCAACCUGAGGAUGCACAUGGGCAACCUGGAGGGCCUGCUGUGGUGCCUGCUGUCCAGCGCCCCCAGCCUGGACAGGCUGAAUUUCUUGUGGGAGCAAUUCACAUUCUGGAUGGAGGCGGUGGAUGCCCAGCACCGAGCCCUGGGCAUGAGGGCAAGCACCACCCUCAUGUCCUUUGCUGCCCUCCUGCUCCCACACUUUGAGGGCUCCCCUGACGUGCCUGAGGUGGGGGACAUGGCAGCGCGCCUGGGUCUGUCCAUCAGUGACCCAGAGGAGACCAUCGGCUGCGACGCCGUGGAGAGUUUGUACUGGCUCACUCGAAUCCUCCUGCACCAGAGGGGCCAAGACAUGCGAGGGGCGGACGAGAUGUUCGGCGAGUGCCCUCUGGAGCCGAGCCAGGUCCAGUGUUACAGGGACCUGGCAAGAGUCGGAGAGGUACUGAGAGAGAUCUUGUCCGAGGAGCAAAAAAGAUCGUUCCUGCAGCGGACCAUUCUGGCAAUUCAUCAUGGGCGGAUGCACGUUAAAACACCUGCGCUACUCUUCCUCUAUGCCAUCCUGGGGGAGACCAGCCUCCUGAUCGGGGACAAGGAGGAAGAAGUCCCCGGCAGGAUCGUGAGGAAGCUGGUCCUCAUGAAGUGCUGCCAUGAGCUGCCCAAGGAGCUGCAAGGACACAGCCUGCUGGCCUGCUCCUCCGGCCCCCUCUCCUUUCCUCUCCUCUCCUCUCCUCUCCUCUCCUCUCCUCUCCUCCCUCCAGCAGCCCCCCGGGUCGUCCUGCAGAGAGAGCUCCUAACCAUCAGGAGCACAAGAGCCCCUCCAUAAGCGAUGAGGACAUCUAGCACCUCACCAGGAGCCUGGCGGCUGUGUAGAGAUCCUGCAACAGUGCCGAAGCCACCGCACGAGAGUCACCGGCUGAGCAGAUCCGCCCGCUCACAGCGGUCCUCCCUAGACUUCAGCUUGUCCCCAAAGACGCAGCCUGAGAAGCCCCUCGUGGGUGAAGGGUUCGACAACUUCAUCCGUCAGCCCUGCCACGCCAAGGGUCGCAAAAGCACUGACACCAUGCACUCGUGGUCCCCAGGUUGCCUAAUGGAGGACGCUCGUGUUGUGCGGGUGGCAUUUUGUUACCCCCUGCCUCAGGGCUUUUGCCGGUCGCCAUUUGGGGCCAGGAAGGAAUUUUUUCCCCCUCACCUGUGGAAGUAUCUUCUGGGGGUUUUUCGCCUUCCUCUGAGGCACCGGGGCAAAGUCAGUCCAUUGCAGCAUCUGUUGUGUUAGCAGCCUGCCUUAGCACUCCCCCCUGAAGGGAUAAUCCUUCGAAGGCCGUGCAGGGAGAGACAAUGAACCACAGGCACCGAGUAGAAUGAGUGCGUAGGAGUUAAGAGUAGUUUUAGACUAAUAAAUUUAAUAUCAAAUUUUCUUUUCUAAUAA